UUAAUUAAUUAUUUAUUUGUUAUUUUAUUUUUCGCUACAUUGACAAUCGUAAUUUUAUCGGCAAACGCCCUACGUAAGUAAUAAAAAUUCAUACAACGGAAAAACGAAACAAGAUUUGGUUCUACGUUUGGUUGAGUAAAUGCUCGAGUCGUAAAUAUUAUCACAGAUCACGUUUAUUGAGGCAUACUUAGCAACAAACAUUUUUUAUCGUUUUGUGAAAAUUCGUAUUCUAUUAUUUUUUGCAAACUGUGCGGUUAAAUUUGUUCAUUAUACGAAGCGUCAACAUUAAUAUUCAAGGAAUAUGAAUAUUUUCAAAAUGUGCACUAUCCUGCUUUUCGCCACGUUGACGAGCAUAAUUUCACUCGCAAAUGCUGAUUACAAUACCUCGAUAUCAUACAGCAACGCCUUGAUACGAAACAAACGUGGUUUCGGAGGCACGAAAUCGGUCUACGAUCCUCAUGGCAUGUCUGGAAUGAAAAGAACUCUAGCAGCGGCUAUGUAUUUAGUGAUGUGCGCAAACAACUAUGUGCUACAACAAAUAAAAGAAGACAAGUUCUGCUUAAUAAACGUCAAGGUUUUGAAGAUCGAGCACGCGCUGAUAAUUGACCCGAAGGACCACAGCUAGUUUCUCUAUCCAGACGACAAGGGCAACAUCUACUUCAAAGAGGGAGACCCUGUGUUCUUGUCUUUUGCUCAGGAAGAAAGCAACUACUUCAAUCAUCUGCCCAGACAAUCCUCUUAAACGUUCACCUGCGUUGGCGGACUAACUUUCUCGAAUGGCCAGAGACUUUUCGACUUCAACGAGCUCACUUGCAACAGUCAUCCCAAACACAGCCUCAAGCUCGUGAAAGACGA